CCGGCCCACAGCCCAGCCCACCCGGUCCGCUCUGCAUUCCGGAGGGGUCCGCAGCACAGAGGCAUCCGUCCCACGAAUUCGGCCGCGGCUCCUCCGAUCCAGCCGCCGGCGAUGGGCUGCUCGCCGGAGGCGGCCGCGGGGGCGUGCCCGGACUGCCUGGAGCGCCUCGUCCGCUCCGACCUCGGCGGCUCCCGCCUCUCCUUCGUCCACGGCCUCUCCGACUCCCCGCUCCCCUUCGCCGCUUCCGCCGUCGUCCAGAUAGCGUCUGAUGGAGCGGAGGAAACUAACGGGAGGCAGCAUUACUCCAGUUUUGUUUUAGUGGGCCUGGGCAGUAAAAAAUGUGACAACAAUUCCUUGGAGAAUGGUAUUCAUAAUGACACCCUGCCAGAGCAAACAGUAUAUAAUGAUGAUGACCAGGAUACUCAGCAAUCAGAUUCCUCUUCUGGCAAAGGAUGCAUUGAAGAUCAUGAAAAUCCCCCUGGGCUCAGUAAGCAGCAAAAGAUCAUAAGCACAAUUGCCAAAUUAACUCCUGUUUGCUAUCUCAGCAUAGACCACACUUCAGAGGUCGAAGAGCUUAUCUUGAGUUACCUGAACUUCUCAACUGAAGAGAAUGUGAUUAAUUCAUUAAAUCUGUUAUCUGAAAACAAAAUUAGUGGUUUAACUGGAUUAGAUUUCCUCAGUUUUGUUGGAUUUUCAGCAUUUGAUGACUUGCAUCCUUCUGGACAUGUGAGGCAUCCCAACAUCUUACCAGUGUUAGGUGUUCUAGAAACAUCUGAUCAUUGCUUCAUAUUACAUCCAAAGGCUCCAUACACUUUGGAAAAUAUCAUGCAUUACAGUCCAGAGGCAUUCUGCUCAGAUUGGCAUAUUAGAUUUCUUAUCUACCAGAUAAUAUCUGCUUUGGCAUACCUUCAUGAUUCAGGAGUUCAUCAUGGCAAUCUAAGGCCAUCAAACGUCUUGAUGUCUGAUUCCUUAUGGCCUUACCUGAGCAUAACUGAUACCUGCCCUGUAAAACACAGUUGGGGUUUUUCUGAUCUGAAAUGCUCACCUAACUCAUGCUGUUUUAAGGAGGACUGUUCCUCAAAAGCCAUUUAUACUGGUUUUAAACUGCAAUCAUCCUUGGAUUGGCAAUCUCACUUUAAGCAAUGGUGGAAAGGUGAGCUGAGCAAUUAUGAAUACCUUCUUGUCUUAAACAAGUUAGCUGGUAGAAGGUGGGGUGAUCCAGCUUUUCACACUGUGAUGCCUUGGGUAAUAGAUUUCACUGUGAUGCCUGAUGAAAGUUCUGAUAAUGGUUGGAGGGACCUAACCAAAAGUAAAUGGCGGUUGGCAAAAGGUGACGAGCAGUUGGAUUUUACGUAUUCAUCAUCUGAGAUUUCGCAUCAUGUUUCUGAUGAGUGUCUGUCAGAGCUAGCUGUCUGCAGUUACAAAGCAAGGAGGUUACCUAAGACCAUCUUAAGGUCAGCUGUGCGUUCGGUCUAUGAGCCCAAUGAAUACCCGUCUAGUAUGCAAAGGCUUUACCAGUGGACGCCUGAUGAAUGCAUUCCAGAAUUUUAUAGUGAUCCUCGGAUUUUCGCUUCGCUUCAUUCUGAAAUGAGUGAUUUGGCUUUGCCUUCCUGGGCAACAUCCGCAGAGGAUUUCAUUUGUCUGCAUAGGGAUGCUUUAGAGAGUGAUAGAGUAUCACAACAACUGCAUCACUGGAUCGACAUAACAUUUGGCUAUAAACUUUCUGGAGAGGCAUCUGUUAAAGCCAAAAAUGUAAUGUUGCCUCCUAGUGAUCCAUCUAGACCCAAAUCAAUUGGGCGACAUCAGCUUUUUACAAGGCCUCAUCCUAAGCGCCUUGUUAGCACCCCUCAUGCAGUCUACCACAAUAAGGGUCCGGUGUCGCCACGUGUCCCCCGAGGAGGGAUGCUCAGCACCAGCGGCCGGAGGCACGGACCUCCUCUGGCGGGAUCUCCACGUGUCUCCCGGGCCCUCUAA